GUCUCGUAUGAAAAAAUACGAUUUCACUUUCCGAAAUCAUUUUAUAUUUUUUUCUUUUCCACUCUUAUUUACUUCAAUAUGCAGUAUGGUAUCACAUUUGUAUUGAUAUCAUGUUGUUUUUUAUCUUAUACUUUUGCUUCAAGAGGCAAUGAACAAUCCAUAUUUUUACAGUGUGUUGACCAUUGUAAUCAAACUCAAUGUCCUGCUCAACUUCCUUUACCUUUGACUCUUUUAUUUUGGUCAUGUAAAGAAAACUGUCAAUAUAAUUGUAUGCAAACUAUCACGGACAAGGCACUUGAACAUGGUGAACAAGUUUUCCAAUACUUUGGGAAAUGGCCAUUCUAUCGGUGGAUGGGUAUUCAAGAACCCGCAUCUGUCUUAUUUUCCAUUGGCAAUGGUUGGGUACAUUAUCAUUACUAUCAUAUUCUGAAGAAAAAGAUUCCUUCGAAUUACUACUUGAAGAAUGCCAUGUUAGUGUAUGCUUUGUUUGGAAUGAAUGCGUGGAUAUGGAGUACUGUGUUUCAUGCACGCGAUACAGCUAUCACGGAAAAAUUGGAUUAUUUCAGUGCCGGUCUUUUGAUUCUUUACUCAUUAUACUAUGCUCUACGACGUUUGUUUUAUAUUCAACAUCCUCCAUGGUGGAUGACUCUGGUGUUUGUUAGUUGUUAUGGUAUACAUGUAGGUUAUUUAUCAUUGAUUCGAUUUGAUUAUGGUUAUAAUAUGCUUGCAUCCGUGGUGGUGGGUUUGAUUCAAUUAUCUCUUUGGGUGGGUUGGUCUAUUCAGCAAUAUACAGUUGAUGACAAACGUCGAUCUUUUGCCUAUAUGGCCUUGAUCUCAGUAGUAGGUGUCGCUCUGGCCAUGUCUCUUGAAUUACUUGAUUUCCCUCCUCUUCUUCGUAUAUUGGAUGCUCAUAGUCUUUGGCAUUUAUCUACUAUUCCUCUCAUGGCUAUUUGGUAUCAAUUUGUCUUGAAGGAUACAACUCAUGAAAUGAAAUACCAUAAAUCAACUGUCACCACUACUUUACCUAUACCAAAAUGAAGAUGAUGUCUAUGGGGUAUCUUUUAUUUAGAAUUUUAUAGAAUCCUUUCUUCUUCUUCCUUUUUUUUUUUUAAUAAAGCAUGAUUCUUCUAUUAUUAUUAUU